AUGCAUCCCACUCAUUUCUGCGACAAGAAGAGUGCCCUAACAAGAACGCCUCUCUGUUCGAGCCUACGUAGUCAUCGUCGAGUUACUGGCUUUCGGACCGCCGCAUCCAGCUUUGUUGCGCUACUGUAUCCUCGUGGACCUCCACCCGGUCUGUGGGAUGACGAGGCUGGCACCCUCAAGCGUGGGCGCCCUUCAAGUGCUCUUAGUACAAACUGCUAUCGACCGAAUGAGAAGUACAACAUGACAAUGUGGUGGACCGCACGCAUAUAUUGCUACGCAGCACAUGUUAAGGACAAAGCGACGGUCACUUUUCCCACUCACCUUCACGGGCGGAAGGAAACAGAGAAGAAGCACUUAGCUGAGUGUCCGUACCUCACUGGUGCCACUGGCACUGCGUUCCGGGGUGCAGAAGGUUUACAAAAGCGCAAUGCACCUCUCCAGCUGAAUUUAUACUUGCUGAAAAACUUAAGCUUUGGCGCCUGCUGUUGGAGUUUCAAGCUGAAACCUUACUCCCUGAUUCCUUUUGGGGCAUUGGUGUCAUUUAGGCGGUUGCUCGUGUUCUUGAACGCUCGGUGUGGCGUUCUCGGCGCCGUCCCAAAUCGCCAUAUCAUUGGUGAUCGCGUCUUAGAUGCAUUUGCAGAACUACAAUACCUACAAGUAUUGUGGUACAACUUGUUUGUGUGUGUACCUACAGGUAUUGUGGUACAGCUUGUUUGUGGGCGUCGUGUCGGCGUUCGUGAACAUUCUGGCGACCUACAACACUUUGAACCUGAAGUGCAUCAUCAAGAGCUGUAA